AAAAGAUUUUAAAACAUUUACAUCUACAUACAAAAUAAUAAUGUAAAUCUAGAUCCGAAAUUAAGCUAUCUCAGAUAGAACUAAAUAUCAAGAAAAUUCGUGUAGAUUUGUCCUAUUUCUAAUGUAAAAUGUGGUAAGAACAAAAACGCGCCGCCAUGAGUUCACCUGAAACUCAAAACAAUGCCAUUGGAGACAAUUUAAAAAUCGAGUCAAUAGCUGUCUUUGUACAAGUGGCCGGAUUUUCUGAUGUGUGUGGCGAUGAAGAUUACCAGAAAGAUAAAUCUAGAUCUAGUCUCACCAGCUUACCCCAUGAGCAGAAAGAGUCAGAGAAUUCAGACUUGGAUGACCGUGAUAAAAACAACUCUCCUAAGCCAAGCGAAGCAGAUGCUUCUAGUUUGGAUAACAGUGCUAAAACCAACUCUCCCAAACCAAGAAAAGCAAAUGCUUCUAAACUGGAUGAAAAUGUGCAACAAGAUGAAUUACAGUUCGACUCAACUCCUCAUGAUUCAGAUACAGGAAGUGAUGCUGAUAGCGAUCGUACACUGCUUGAAGUCCUACAUUUAGGCCCCACCACAUCGCUGACACAGGCUUCCUACAUUAUGGAAGAUAACGGGUAUGCCGCCUGGGGGGACUAUAUCGUAUCUCAUGGCAUCUACAUGGUAUUCUUGUCUUUUCUGUACAUUGUCCUUGUCUAUGCAAGCCUGGAACUUCUAUACAUAAUGACCAAGUAGAUAGCAUAUUGAGCAAAUAUAUUUCAUUGGUACUCACUAUUGUAAACAUUAAUUGCAAUCAUUUUUUGUGUUUAACUAUUCAAAGGAAAAAAACAACAAAUUAUACCAACAAUAACAAAAAUAAAAUAGAAUCAAUUAGAA